AUGCCCGAAGUUUCGUCAAAGAAAGCCUCCGCUCGCUCCGGUCCCUACACUUCCGUGGGAAAAGCUGGAAAGGGAAUGUCUUCAACUUCAACCGCGAGCGCUGGAGCAGAUGGCAAGCGAAAUUUAGGAGGAGCUCCCCGAGCAGCAUCAUCUGCUGCUGCUGCUGCCAACAGUAAGUCCGUCUCCGUGGAUUCUGCAAAAUCCACAAAACGAAAAUUCAAAGUGGCAGCCGUUCAUUUUGGGCUGCCGUCGGAAAGCACGCUCGACGAGGUGCCGGAGGACGAGAUUCAAACCGCGCUGCAGACCGCCCUUCUCGAGGGGGUCGACCUGAUAGCGUGUGAGGCCGGAGACGCGAUGGUGCCCUUGAGCUUCAAUUUUGCGCAAUUUUUGAAAACCACAAGAGAGCAAAUGACCAGCGGUGGAGGACAACACAACACCAGCUUCCCCGCCAUCUAUGCCGGCAAGCGGCACCUGAAGCGCUUGGGGCUUGCCGGGGGCGACCAACUGCUUUACUACGACCAGACGGGAAGAGAGAUUUGCGUCGGCCACAGCUUGUGCUCCGGCAACGCGAAAGCGAGUUUGCCCUCCUUCGUGGAGCAGUUUACGAAGAAGACAUCUGGCGCGGCCGCUUCUAGCGCAGCGGGAGCAGGAGCAGGAGGCCGCCCGCCGUGUAAUUCUUCACGCGUACAGACCAUCGAGGUCGGCGGAACUGUGGCAGGAGCGGGAGAGCAACAGCCCGCGAGGCACGUCGUGAAAGUUGGGCUUUUGAACCACAAGGAGGAGCGGUUCGGGGAUUGUGCGGACAAGUUGAAGCCCGGGAAGUCGAACACGGCGGCUGCCAACACCUUCCCCAACGACGUAUCCCUGUACAUCCACGUCGCCAACGACGCGCGGCCGGCGGGGAAGGGGUACGUGCGCUCGGGACGCCAGUUCUUUUCGAAGGACGGCAAGACCUACAUCGGGAUCUGCAACCGCGACGAGAUUGCGAAAAAGAAAAAGCUGUCCGACUACAAACUGCUUUCCGUCUGGAUCAACGGGGAGCAAAUGGACGGCGUUUCCGCGCCAAAAAUCGUGUACGAGUCGGACACCGUACUGGUGCAAGUGCUUAGUGUCAACUUGUGA